UAGCUUUUGAGGUAUGUUGGUUGGCUGGUUUGUUUAUGCGCUGAAAAAAGCGAAAGCGUAAUGGCGGCAGGCAGACUGUGAUGAGCUAGCAAAAAUAGCCAGGAAUCCCCACCUAGAGCUUGUAAGAGAACUGAGGGUUGGAAGAGUCUUAAGACUUUCUUUUAGAUCUUCUCGCCAAAAUGCAGAUCACAUUGAAAACCCUCCAACAGCAAACCUUUAAAAUCGACAUUGACGGAGAAGAAACGGUAAAAGCCCUAAAGGAAAAAAUAGAGAAUGAGAAGGGAAAGGAGGGUUUUCCAGUUGCGGGACAGAAGUUGAUAUAUGCAGGCAAAAUCCUUAACGAUGACACAGCUCUGAAGGAAUAUAAAAUAGAUGACAAAAACUUUGUGGUUGUCAUGGUAGCAAAGCCUAAAGCAGCUCCUGCUGCAGUGCAGCCUUCCCCUGCUACCACAACCACCAGCAGCUCCAGCACUACGGCCCCUACUACACCCUCUGGUGCAGGGGCAUCAGCUGCAGAGACCCCUCCUGAGAGCGCCUCCAAGGAGGACAAGCCUGCCGAAGAGAAGCCUCCCACCAGUGCCGCACCUGCCUCCACACCUACCCGUUCUGCAGCAAAUGUUAAUAUUUUUGAAGAAGCAACAUCUGCACUGGUGACAGGCCAGUCAUAUGAGAACAUGGUGACUGAGAUUAUGCUGAUGGGCUACGAGAGAGAGCAAGUGGUUGCUGCACUAAGGGCCAGCUUCAACAACCCAGACAGAGCUGUGGAGUACUUGCUUACGGGCAUGCCAGCUGAGGGGGAGGGUCAUACUGGUGCAGAGCAGGUCGAUCCUGCUGGGGGGGGCACCACAGCUGUCUCCACUGUAGGUCUCACCUCCCCUACCAUCACAGCUUCCUCACAGCCUGCGGCAUCUGGAGCCAACCCUCUUGAGUUCCUGAGGAACCAGCCCCAGUUUCAACAGAUGCGGCAGAUCAUCCAGCAGAACCCUUCUCUGCUGCCAGCUCUCCUGCAACAGAUAGGCAGGGAGAACCCCCAGCUUCUGCAGCAAAUCAGCAGCCACCAGGAGCAGUUCAUCCAGAUGCUUAAUGAGCCGGUCCAAGAGGCAGGGCAAGGGAGUGGUGGUGGUGGAGGAGGUGGUGGAGGUGGCGGAGUAGGUGUCACCACCGGCACUGGCGGCCUGGCAGAAGCUGGAGGAGGUCAUAUGAACUACAUCCAGGUUACACCACAGGAGAAGGAAGCCAUUGAGAGGCUAAAGGCCCUAGGAUUCCCAGAAGGACUUGUUAUACAGGCAUACUUUGCUUGUGAGAAGAAUGAGAACUUGGCUGCAAACUUCCUUUUACAACAGAACUUUGAUGAUAUCGACUAAAGGGAGACAUAAUUGCCUGUGCCCGAACCCCGAACCCCCCCCCCCCCCCCCCCCCUUUUUUUUGUCAAUUGAUCAUAUUGGAGAGAAAAAUGGGCCCUCACGCGUUACAUAAAUUUGCCUCCAAUUCACCUGCUUGAUAACACUGGAUUGUCAUCUCCGUCUGUAUUCAAGAGCUGCGCUGUUUUCUCAGAUCACCACCAAUAAGUAAAAACGAACUUGCUUCAUCUGAUAUCAACUGUGUGCUACCUGGGUCUUUUUUAUUAUUUAGCGCAGACAAGCACAUUUGUUCUGUCAUUACAAGGAAGCUGAAGACCGGUUUUAAAGAGUUGAUCGCUGAGCUUGUUCUUCCCAAGUGUAGAGGUGGAGUGGAGCCUAGCUGGGAAGUUUGUUAUGGCUUCUGCAUAAAUGUUCCUGUUUGAUUGAUUUAUCUCUUCCUUUCUCUUUCUCUCUUUGUUUGACCAGUAUAGGGAUACAAAAUGACUCAAAAAUGCUGGUUUAAAUGAAAGUAAAGAUUUUUAAACAACCACA